UUAAUAGUUAUCAUCGCCCAUAUUUACUCAUCUCUGUGCUCAAUUGUUAGAGACAUUACAGGGGAAUACUUCUAAUAGUAUUUGUGGGACGAAAACAGGAAAAAGCGGACGAAUUAUUCCGUGACUUUAAAUCAUUUGUCUCUGGAUCAAAUCGGGAUAUCAUGGACGACUUACAAAACUACAAACUACAACUUCAGCAGGUGGAAGCAGCUCUCACGACAGACCCAAAUAAUGAGGAACUGAUUAAGCUGAAAAUCGACCUGGAGGAAGUAAUAGAGCUGACACAUGAUUUAAUUAAGUCACAACAGCAGGAAAAAAGGCAAGCCAAUGGCAUGGACGCUAAAGAUCCUAUUUUGCUUGCAGUUCUGGCCAAUAAGUGGAAAGUCAGUGAUCAAUGUAUGGCACCUUGGAGCGAAGAUGGCAAAUAUUAUGAGGCAACCAUAGAUGCAAUUAGUGAAGAUGGAGUUGUAAACAUAACAUUUAAUGAAUAUAAGAAUACCGAUGUCACUAUGCUGAGCCAACUAAAGUCCGUUGCAAAGAGGCCAGCGUCAGACUGGGCGGACCAAAAGUCAAAGAGGAGGAAGAUGCAAGCAGCUGCGGUCGCGGGUUCAGAUCCUAACAAACAAAGAGAAUAUCUUAAGAAAAAGAAGCAGAGGAAACUACAGCGAUUCAAAGAAUUGGAGGAAGAACGUGAGUUGGAGAAAAAUAAAUGGUUAGCGUUUACUAAUAAGUCCUCGAAGAAAGGUGUUAUAAAGAAGAGCAUCUUUGCAACACCGGAGAACGUUAACGGCCGUGUGGGAAUUGGCACUUGCGGUGUCAGUGGUCGCGAGAUGACUAAAUUUAGUAACGGAGAAAAAUGGAGACGAGGAGCUUAAUUAAAUAGGCGCUGUACAUAAAUUAGAAAUUGUAUCUUUGUGAGGUAGAUUUGCGAUAUAUUAUUAAUCGGAGAUUCAAAGCGAGCCAGUAAGAACCUGAAAUAUUGAUGUAUUUUGCUUUGAAUUGCAUCUCAAUUACAGUAUUAAUGAGACAUUAUAAUAUACAAAAGUCACAACAAACGUUUCGAUCCCAUUGGGCUCAUCCUCCGUGUUCAUACGACAAAACGCAAAAAAGUAAUAAUUCGCAAAUGUCUUUCACAGUCUGCAUGAUCGAGAGCUGGAUAUUGUGAGAAGUACUGAGGAGAUACAGCGAAGAAGCGAAGAAAUUACGGCUUUCCGGCAACAGUUCGCCGUGAAAACAAUUGCGAAUUGUUUCUCCGGUAGAGCUUACGGUACAAUUUUUUUCAUCAUUUUCUUUGCCUUCGGAUUCUCUGUGAACGAAUAUGUGACUCUAUAAUCUUAUUCUUAUUUAUAGAUACCGGAUGAUAUCGGAUCAAACGGGAUCUAAACGUUUAUUGUAACUUCAGUAGACUAUAGCGUCUUUGACACUGCGGCGUUUCAAGCUUUCACUGACUCACUUUUACUUUCAGAUUGUACAUCUAAGAGCCUUACACACUCUAUUCAAAUUACAUUAUUAUAUUGUCAAAGACUGGUUCACAAACUGGUACAAUGCACUUUAUGUUGUGAGAAUGGUAAGAGUGAUUGUACGAUCGCAAGAAUGAUGAAGGUUUUUCAAUGGUGACUGCAAAAUAAUAUCUUUUCUUGUGUGCAACACUGAUCCUAUAAGUUACAAGAUAAUUUUAAAUUUUGUACCGUACACACAAUUCAAAGACGAAUGCGGCGAAUAAAUGUGUUUCUAGAUUGUA